AACCCAAUUGCCCCUCCGUCCGCUAUUAAAGGCCAAUUCAACUGCCGCAUCAAACCAACCACCCCUCUUGCCUUCCCUCGCUCGGCGGCCAACUCCACCGACGGUGACCGCACCCUAUCUCCCCUCUCCUACUCCUCUGGAUGCAACGGUCGGAUCACCGCCGCGCUUUCAUGAACCUGUGGAACGACGACAACACCUCCGUCAUGGAGGCCUUCCUCUCCUCCUCGGCCACCGUCGCCGCCCCCGACCACCACAGCUUCUGGCCGCCGCUACCUCCGCCUCCGGCUUCCAUCCCCGCUUCCUCCUCAUCCACCACCUCCUCCACCCAUUCCACCGUCACCUCAUCGGCUCCGGCGCACUUCAGCCCGGACACCCUCCAGCAGCGCCUCCAUUCGCUGAUCGAGGGCGCCCGGGAGAAAUGGACCUACGCCAUCUUCUGGCAGUCCUCCCCUCCCAGCGGUGCCGCCGUUCUCACCUGGGGCGACGGCUACUACAGGGGCUGCGAGGAGGACAAGCGGAAGCCGCUCCGCAGCGGUGCGUCGUCGGCGGCGGAACAGGAGCAUCGCAAGCACGUGCUCCGGGAGCUCAACGCCCUCAUCUACGGGGGAUGCGGCGGAGGCGACGACGCGGCGGACGAGGAGGUCACCGACACCGAGUGGUUCUUCCUCGUGUCCAUGACCCAGACCUUCGCUCCCGGCGCUGGCCACCCCGGCCAGGCUUUUCUCUCAGGCUCGCCGGUCUGGAUCGCCGGGGCGGACCGCAUGGCGGCGGCACCGUGUGAGCGGGUGCGGCAGGCGCAGGCAUUCGGGCUGAGGACGAUGGCCUGCGUCCCCCUGGAGAGCGGCGUCGUGGAGCUCGGUUCGACGCACGACAUCUUCCAGAGCUCGGAGAUCUUGAGCAAGGUCAGAUUACUCUUCGGCCAAGGCAGUGGCCGCCGACCCGCGGCCGCAUCCUGGCCUACACCGCAGCCGGCGGUGGCGGAGCAGGGGUUGCUGGAUCCCUGCAUGCUCUGGAUGUCGGAGCCUUCGGCGCCGAAGCCCCCUUCUCAUUUCGAUAAACCCAAUUCCGGCAGUCUCACCGAAAACCCUAACCUCAAUUUCACCGGCGAGAUCAAAACGAUUCCCUCCACUCCCGUCGGCGGAGGCGGAGGAACCCUCUACGUCGACAACCACAUCUCGUAUGAGAUCAAGAAGGCGACGUCGAGGGAGAGCAACGACGAGGCAUUCCUUUCCUCGUCCGCUGAUGUCGUGGUGGCGGAAGUGAAGUCCGAGGGCGGUUGCGGCGGCGGGAAUCUCUUCGGCGCAGACUCGGACCACUCGGACCUCGAGGCGUCGGCCCGGGAGGUGACAAGCAGCGCCGUAAUGGAGCCCCCGGAGAAAAGGCCCAAGAAGCGCGGCCGGAAGCCUGCCAACGGCCGCGAGGAGCCGCUCGACCACGUGGAGGCAGAGCGGCAGCGCCGGGAGAAGCUGAACCAGCGGUUCUACGCCCUCCGCUCCGUCGUCCCCAACGUGUCCAAGAUGGACAAAGCCUCCCUCCUCGCCGACGCCGUCACCUACAUCAACGAGCUCCGCUCCAAGAUGCAGGCUCUCGAGUCCGACAAACGAAAGCUGCAGUCGGAGCUCGGCGUCCUCAAGAUGGAAAGAGAGUCCGGAUCCGGCCGCCAGAUGCCGCCUGCGGGCCCCAGGCCCGCCGCAUCGAACUGGCCCGGGCGCUGCAGCGAAGUGGAGGUGGAGGUGAAGAUACUGGGCUGGGAGGCCAUGAUUCGGGUGCAGUGCGACAGGAGGUGCCACCCGUCGGCGAGGCUGAUGAUAGCGCUGAGGGAACUGGACCUCGAGGUGUACUACGCCAACGUCUCGGUGGUGAAGGACCUCAUGAUCCAGCAGGUGACCGUGAAGAUGACGAGCCGCAUCUACACCCAGGAGCAGCUCACUGCCGCGCUGUUCUCCAGCGUAACAGCUGAUCAUCCUCCUCACGCCAUGUAGAGCCAGCACACGCGAGCUUCGUCGCCGGCUACUACUGUAGCUCGGGGUACAGCGUCACUGCUCCUAUUACCACAUAUGUCAGAAUCUAGAGCAGCCACUGCCGCAUCUCUGCGUUAGAUCUGCAGUAGAAUAGGCCAUCAGAUCUCUUGUUCUGUGUAGACCACAAGUGCAUGAUUUAUCAUCCAAGUCGAGUUGUUGGAUCAAACGAGCGCAAGAUAAUACUCCACACUGUAAACUUUGUUAAUCGAGAGCUUAAGAGCAAGUGCUCGUGGAUGAUCACCUUUGCAGCCA